AUGAAUUUAAUACUAACCCUAAGUUGUGUAGCUAUAAUUUGGCCAAGCCUGGUUCUAGGGCAUGAACCAAGCCCUCUACAAGAUUUUUGUGUUGCGGACUUCAAUAGCAUCGUGAGAGUGAAUGGCUUUCCUUGCCUAAACCCUAGGCAAGUAACUGUUGAUCAUUUCCUAUUCAAAGGCCUCAACAUUGUUGGAAACACAUCUAAUUACUUAGGUGUUUCAGUAAACCGGCCGACCGUGAACGAGAUCCCAGGCCUCAACACCUUGGGCAUGUCGACCGUCCGGGUCGACUAUACCUUAGGUGGGGUGGUGCCACCCCACCGCCAUCCCCGAGCCUCGGAGAUCCUCGUGGUGCUUGAGGGAAGUGUACUAGUGGGAUUUGUCACAUCAAGCCCCGAAAACAGGCUCAUUUCAAAAGUGCUGGAGAAGGGCGAUGUUUUCGUAUUUCCUUUUGGGUUGUUUCAUUUCCAACAAAAUGUUGGGUCGGGAAACGCCGUUAGCAUGGCGUUUCUCAACAGUCAGAAUCCGGGUGUCGUCAUAGCAGCGAACACCAUGUUUGGAUCGAGGCCGACAAUUGAAGAUGAUGUUCUUGUUAGAGCUUUGGAGGUUGAUAGCUCCGUUAUUCAAAAGUUGGAAGCGCCCUAUCAUUAG